AUGUCGGAAGCGCUUACAUCGCUCGCUUGCCGCCACAUGGGCGCCCAGCUCUCCGCUGAGGCGUUUCGAUCGACCGCCUGUGCCCAAUGUCUUUCAUUCAUCUAUUUAAUCACUCUACCCUUCAGCGCCAUUCUUCAUACUCAACUCUGCCCGAAUGGUCUCCUCAUUUGCCCGUCUCGUGACGAUGAGCCCCAUCUAUGCACGUGCUCAAACCCAAGCCGCGUCUUCAACGUACCCGAGUUUGCGCUCAAUCGAUCAGCGGUGACACCUUUGGAAGAACUCCGCUUGAAACCGCCAUUACCCGAUUUCUUUCCAUUCUUCACGAAACAAUGUUGCGAGGCUGCGUGGGAUUGCUGCCAAAAGACACAGCAAAGUCGAGCACCAAAUAUCGCUUGCCCGGGCACUUGGGACGGCUGGCAGUGCUUUGGCGAUUCACAGCCUGGCACAAUCGAGGGCCGAUGCCCGACCUAUAUUUAUGGAAAUCAGAAGACUCAGUUUGAGAGCUAUGAAGGACUUAUCGCUGUAAAGCAAUGCACGCCAAGUGGUUGGGCGAUGAGGGCAGAGACGGGUCAAGAAUGGACUGAUUAUGUGGGAUGUCGAAUCGAUGAUGAGUCAGCAAGAAUCAAAGUGCUUGCCGGAAUUAUCCCAUUAGUGAUCAGCGCGAUCGCUCUCAUCCCGGCGCUUCUCAUUCUCACGUGUUUUCGAAGCCUCAAGCAUCAAUCCGUUUUCAUCAUUCAUCGACAUUUACUGCUUUCUUUUCUUCUUUUUGGGGUCUCCUAUUUGCUCAAUUUCGUUCUUUUCAUUUUUGAUGGGGCGCCAUUGGAUCAUCAGCAUACCACGAAUCAUAUAAUUUGCCGAGUUGCGUUUUCGGUGCAACUACGCUUUUUCCGAUUGUCGACAUUCAGCUGGAUGUUGGCCGAAGGAGUGUACUUGUUUCGGCUACUGAGGAACGCUUUCUCCGACGAAAGCUCCCUUAUGCCUUACAAGAUCAUUUGCUGGGGAGUGCCCUUGUUGAUCACAAUCGUUUAUGGCAUAUUGCGACAACUUUUUGACAACGAGGGCUGCUGGAUCUCUCCAUCACUCUAUCAUUGGAUCGAAUGGGUCUACAUGGCGCCCUGUCUUGUGGCACUUUGUACAAAUCUCCUCUUGGUCACGUUGAUUUUGUAUAUUUUGGUGAAGAAGUUGCGAUACAAUCCACAUCUGGAGCCCGUUCAGUACAGAAAAGCCGUUCGAGCCGCUUUGAUGCUAGUCCCAGUGUUUGGCCUUCAUUUCUUAUUUACAAUUUAUCGAAUACCUUCCCAUGCUCAUCAGAUCAUCAACAUGAUACUUGAUGGGCUUCAGGGCUUUGCAGUGUCGAUAAUCCUUUGUUAUGCAAAUCGCUCAGCGAUGGAGUGUGUGAAGAAAUGGGUGGGUGGAAAGCGAGAAUCGAGAAAGCUCAAAGAAGAGCACAAAAAAGCCGUUCGACGCUGUGAAAGUGCUCGCUCAGCCCAUAAGAAUUAUGAAACGUUUCGCACUAACGUCCACGCGAAAUCGUUGGCCGAGUCAACGACACUGGUUGGGGCGCUGACAAACGGAGGAAUCUCUCUGGUACCAGAUAGUCCCGACCCUGUGCCCAGUGAGCUUCCACGCGAUUCCGCCGAUCUUCGUUCACCAUUGGUCUCAAAGUUG